CAGGUGAAGAGACCGAGUCCCAGGAAGGAAAGAUGACUGCCAAAUUCUGAUCACACUGGUGACUAAGUGUCUGGAAGCUGAAGUGAAGGUGCUCCAAGUCUGUCCUGUAAGGAUGUAAGUCACUGCGGCCCCCCAGGAAAAGCCAAAGACAACUAUCAGGUCUAGCAGCAGCACAGAAUGGAUGUCGAGGUAGGCUGGCAGUCAGGUGGUGACACCCAGGCUUCAGCAGAGGAGCGUUCUGAGGACGGGAGCCUGAGCUACAAAAGAAUGAGUCCUGAAUCCAGCCUCCAGCUCAAAGAUUCUUCUCCACCCUCUCUGCCACCCUGCAGCUCUGCAGGCCCUUCAGGGAAGCAAGAGCUCCCAGUAGAACUACAGUGUGAAGAUGAAGAGACUUAUGAAACCUGCAGCCAGACACGGUGCGAAUCCACCACAGGGAUUUUUGUCAACUCCAGCACAAAUUUUGACUUACAGUGUGAGGGGGAAGACUUAGAAGUGUCUUUCUUGGAUAUUCCAGAAGACCCUCAGGGAGAGCUUAGUGAGAAUGAUGAAAAUGUUGUCCUGGUUGAUGCCUUUGAUGAGCCUAUCUCUGGGGAAACUUCCCCUUACAGAUGUAGGAAGUGUGGCACAUCUUUUCAGGAUCUAGCUAGACUACGGGAACACAAACAGAUCCACACAGCUGAAUGUUCUUACUGCUGCCCCAUCUGUGGCAAAGAAUUCUUCCAUGCUGCUAAUUUACGCAUGCACAAGUUGAUCCACUCUAGUGAUAUGCCACAUAAGUGCCCCGAAUGUGACAAAGGAUUCAUCAAUACAGCAGAUGUGUGUCGACAUCUACAAAAUGUUCACAAGAUUGACCACUCCAAGGUGGUUUUAGGGAAUGGUACCCUGAAGAAUAGCUGCUCUACAAACCACCAAAAUGAACAUGAAGAAGCUGAUCCCGAUUAUCAGAGUUCAGAUGACGAUGACCAAAAGCCAGGAGGGAAAGAACCUGGUAAGGGGUUUCACAAAGCAAAGCUACUUUCCAAACACAAAGUAAUCCACCAGCAGGAAAAGCCAUACAUAUGCCAGGAAUGUGGCAUGGCCUUUAUCCAGCUGCUUAGGUUCAAAAGGCAUCAACACACACACUCAGGUAAACGUCUGUUCUACUGUGACAAGUGUGGUGGGACCUUUACCCGAUCAUCAUCGCUACGGCGCCAUCAGCGUAUUCAUACUGGGGAGAAGCCAUACUCCUGCGUUUAUUGUGGUCGUUCCUUUACUGAGUCAAGCACGAUGAAGAGACAUGAACGUAUACACAAAGUGGGAAAAGAUUAGCAGCUUUGUUAAUUAUCACCCUAUUUUUUCAUAUAAAUGAGACAUAUUCAGUACUUUCCAAUCUAUUCAACAAACUUAGUCCAACACCUUUUCCUUAUUAUAUUUUAUCUCCCACCAAUAAUUAUGGAUGCCAUUUUUGUCUUAGGAAUGAUCCAGUCAUUUCUGCCCCAAAAAAAAGUUUUCCCCAGUACUGAACUGAAACCUUACAUUUCUAUCCAUAGGGGAAAGGAAUAACAAUAGCAUUUUUUACUGACUUUUGUCACUUUGCAGUAAGCAGCAUUCCUUCCAAAAGAGUCAUCACCCUCAUUUAUAAGGUUUUCAAGAUACAUCUGAUUGGUCUUUUGGAAGACUGCUCUUAAAUGAAGUGUGUCCUCACAGCGGCCUUUGAUACAGUCCAGUUUAAACUUCAAGUACAGGCUUCAUCCGAGCCAACAAAGGUGAAAAUCUGAGUCACCUUUAUCAUCUCCAUUUUUUAGUGAAAUGUUUUAUUUUGAAAAAGAAAAAGAAAUAGAUUGUAAAAUCAGGUCCCUAAUAAACUGGAUCAUUAAUGCUAA